GCCGACGUUCUUCCGCCCUUUGCCGCUGCCUUCAGUGGUGCCAUCCAAGGCAUCUCCCAAAAUGUGGUGAAGCAGCUGAUUCUUCAUCCCUUUGACACGGUGAAGACGCGCUUGCAGGCACAGGCAGUGGCCAGGGGCAUCGAUGACAUCGAUCGGCGCGAUCUCUUUAAAGACGUCUACCGCGGGUUGCUUCCCACCUUGGUCUCAGGGACGCCAGGCAGCGCCAGUUUCUUCGCGGCCAAAGAAGCCGCGCAGAGCGUCUUGCAGACCUUUCCGCAGCCGGUGAAGACGUCCUGCGGCGUGCUGGCCGGCGUCUUGUGCGCCAAGGCGAUCAAAACACCUUUUGACGUGGCUGAAACGAAAGCCAUGGCAAGUGUUGCGAAAGGAGAGGCCUUGGCCUGGGACGGAUCUCUGCAGAAAUUGACCUCGGCCUUCGAGAAGGAAGGCCUCCAGGGACUUUAUCGAGGCUAUGGCGCGAAUGUGCUGUACAAACUCCCGGCUGACCUCGCCAAGUUUCUGGCCUUUGAGGCAUUGAAAAGCACAGGAUCCCUCCCCACCGGCACGGCCGGCGCUCUGGCGACGCUGUGGAGCAACGCGGUGACCACGCCGCUGGACGUGGUGCGAACGCAGGUCAUGGUGGAAGGCGCGCAGAAAGAGUCAAAGAACGUCCUGCAGAAGUUGCAGGACUUGAUCGACACGGGCGACUCUGAAAAGAUCUGGUCAGGUUUUGGUUGGCGCCUGGCGCGUGGCAUCGUGGCUGGUGCCAUUCAGUUCACCGUUCUGGAAGGCACCAAAGAGGCCGUCGAAGGGAAGGUGAGUCCGCGGUGAGUCGAAA